GCGCGUCCUUGCCGCGUUGUAUGACGGCGUUUAACAACAACGGUUAAAAGCAGGGACGACGAAAGAAGACGGAUAGGACAUCAUGCCUUUGAAGAAUGAAGACAGCUGGCUUCACUGGACCAUGUGUCGAUCAGGAAGGCAAGGUGCAUCCACUCUCAAUAAAGCUUUGCAAAGAAAGGUGGAGUGGCCAAGUCAAACAAACACCUCAUUUCACUCAUCACAGGAACCCAUGGUACACACCACAAUAGAAGAUGCAUUUGACACAGUACUGCAGUACAUGAACGCAGCAAGCAGGCAGUGUAAGCGGUAUUUCCGCUGUAGAUCAACGGAGGAGUGCAAUGCUCAGGAUGUAAAUCACUGUAACAGAUUUCAUCAACCAGGUUAUAAUCUGGUUACACGACCACACCCCCUCCAGCGAAUGGAAGACGUCCAGGUAGAAGUGGCGCCUGGCAGCUAUGCAGUCUCCGCUGGUCGUUACGGUGCACCCAGGCAACACACCCAUAUUGUCCGUUUGGAGCCUGGACAGACAGUCGAUCUUGGGUUCUCGUUAUAGUCCUAGAGUGGGUCACACGAUGUACUUUAUUGACUUUUUUAUUCACAAGAUUGUUACUACAUUUUCGUACGCGAUUUUGAUAGCUCUUUUACAACUUACAUGCAUAAGUAAAUGUACUCUUUAAAUGCGGAGAAGAUGGAAUUACAAGGUAACAUAGCGUAGGAAAAGAUGGCCAAGGAAACUUCUAGUGUGAAAAGAGCUGUCUUCACGAUAGUCCAAAACAUAGAAAUCGAUUUUUAAAAUUUAUUUAUAGCUAAAAUUAUGACAACGUAGUAUAUUGUAAGGAACAAAAAAUGAACGCUCGUCUGCCUUGUACAAAUAAGUAUUCUUCUAAAUAAGAGAUAUUGUAGAGUAGACCUUAACUAAAGUAUCGAAGAACCUGAUGUGAAGUCAUUUUCUGCCGAGAUAACGUAUCAAACAAGUCUAGGCUAGGAUGAUUAACUUUUGUCGACAUUUGUUUGUUUGUUUGUUUGUUUUCGUUCGUUUCAAUUUUACUAAUAAGUGUUUGUCGGCCAUCGUGGAAAGCACCGCCACUCUCCAAGCUUUGUAGGGUCUUCUUAUUAUUCUACCCGCUUUUCCCACUGAACCUGGACUUUUUUGCGUAUGACCUAGCCAUGGCUUUGGUAUCAAAAAAAUUAUCCUUAAAAAACUCUUCCUAAAUGGGUCGCCAAUUUAUUUUUAUACCAUAAUCCCGUGCAUUUUGGUUCAUAAAGCCGAAAGCUAGAGUUGUCAAUGUUUUUCCAUUUUCCCGUAUCCCUCUCCGCAGUAAGAUUGUAUUGGUCCCUUCAUUAACUCCUUGAAGUGAAGUCCUUUCAAGCACACAGUCUUUGAUUUGUUACCCACCACGAUUUGAAGAUCUUUAAAUAUUUUUUUAUUAUGUAGUUAUUUUUUUGCUUGUUUGUUUGUUUGUUUGAGUAGUUCAUUUUAUAGGUGCAAUUAAGUGAUGAUUGAAAAUAGUUUUUAUUCAAUAAACUCAAAUGACCGUCUA